ACACCGCUAUUUUUGCGUCCAUCUUUAAUCUUUGAUGUGUUGUGUUGUUAUCAGAAUUUCUUUUUCAGAUAUUAAACACGUCAAUUUCCACAAAUAAACACAAUACUAUUCAAAGAAGAACUUCCUGCACAAUACUCUUUUAAAACUGUAUUGAUGAAGUGUGGCGAUGGAUAGAGUGACACAGUUGCGCGCGGAGCCCGGCGGCGCGCAGGACGCGGACUCGUCCGCCGCCAGCGAGGCCUACCUCUCCGCCAACGACAGCUCCAAGUACUUUUCUCUCACUGAAGAAGACUCCAGUUUUGUCAUAUCUCCCGGCAAGGACGUGUCUCUCUCCUCCGCCGCCGCCGCGGAGAAGCCAGCCCCCGACUCCGACCCGCUCAUCUCCGAUCUCUCUCCAAUCAAUAAGAAAAAUGACUUGUUAGAUAGCUACAAAAUUGGCAAGCACAUUGAAGCUGCCAACAUAUUGUCAGGCGGUGUGGAUAUUUUUGAUGACAAUGACAACUCCUAUGAUGGAAAUGAACUGGUGAUAGAUGACAAUGUGGGCAUGGAUGUGGAUGAGAAGUCCAACCCUGAGGUGAAGCUAGUAAGUAAGGAGGAGCAGGCGGAGGAUGACUCGGGGCUGGCGGACGGCGAGGCUGCUAUUCCUAGCAAGGACACUGAAGUGGUGCUACAGAUUGAUGGGAAGAAUGUAGAUGCUAUAGACAUAGGGAAUGGGUUAUAUCUGUACCGGAGGGAGGGAGCUCAGGAGGAGCUGGCCGCAGUGCAGAUCGUGGACACCGACCAGCAGCAGCCCAGCUUCAAGUUCCUCAAAGUCCGUGAGAAUGCAGAGGGCAACCUAGAAGUGUAUGAAGAGAUCGAGAUUGAGGUGCCAAAAGAUGUGCCUUUGAAUGCAGGGACAGCUGUACAACCUCCUCCUCAUCUUCCUAUAAAAGAUAUCAGUAAAGCUGUUAGUGAUUCAACUUUAAAUAAAGCUACAGAAAAACCUAAAUCACUUAAAGAAACCACAUCUAAAACUGCACCAAUUUUACAAAAUAAAAAUCCAGAACCUGCCUCUGCUAAGGGAUUACCAGAAAACAUGUCAGAGGUCAAUAUUAAUGGGAAACCAGUCAAGCUCAAUGAACCUAAAAUAUCUCCAUUAGUUGGAAGUUUCACUCCAAUGACUUACCAUUCUACUCCAAAUAAAGAUGGUAUUCCACUUACAAAGACAAUGGUCGACCAACACUUACAUCCAAGUCGCCAUUCUGAGGCUAAGAAAAAGAUUGAGGUAAACACUGAAAACUGUAAGCAAAAAUUGCUUGACACACCUACUAAAAGUGAUAAAAGUGACUCUGGCUCAGAAAUAUUAGAGAUGACUGACUCUACUAAGAUUGUUAAAGGAAGCAUAGGAACACUUACUGAAAAGAGUUGUUCUUCAUUGGAUAAAGUUUCGGGUGACGUUGAAAUAUGUAAAGAUAUUAUCAGUGAUUGUAAAGAUAGUGGGAAUAUUGACAGUAAUUCCACACCAAAUAUUUUUCACUUAGCAGAGCAUGAAAAGGAUAAUUCAAGUAAAGUAGCAUCUGUAACAACUGAAAAAGAGGAUUUGAGUGAAACUAAACUUGUAACGCCAAAUACUAUAGUAGAUAAAUCUGAUGAUUCUAACAUACCGUCGGAAAAUCCACAUCAAGAAAUCCAUAAAGUAACUGACACAGUAAAAUCUAUUGAAGGCAAAGUUACAUCAGCUCCUGUUGCAGAUAGCAAGACACCUGGAAAUGAAAUAAUUUGUAGUACGAUGGACGACAAAAAGGCCACAGAAGUCAAGCCUGUUGAAAAUAAAGUUGAAGAAGAUAGUGUGCCAAAGGAAAGUCAAGUUUUAAUCAUUGAUGACAAAGACCAAACAGAUAAUAUACCGGUAUAUCACGUAGACGGUGACUCUAUGCAAUUAACUGAUGAUAUUGAAAUAGUAAAGGAUGACAGAUCUGCACAGCAAAAGGCAAUUGAUAUGGUGGUAAAAACAUAUGAUGAGUUUGUAAAAAAUGCAGUAGCAGUUAGCAAUGCAAAAAAAUCUGGUAGUAAAGAUGUAACAUCCGAGACUAAAGAAGAAAUGAACCCUGAGAUUGCUACUGUUAAUGUGAGCGAGACUAAAACAAACAUAGAUGCUCCUAUACCAAUUCCUGAACCAGCAUCUUCAGAAAACAUGAAAACUUCUGAUAUAAAAAAGGUUGCAUCUAAAGAUGAGCCCACACCAUUGGCUACAAAGUCUUUGGACUCACUAGAACCUAAAAAAAUUUAUACUAAUGAGAAAAAUGAAGGUUCCUCAUCCACAGGUGAAUUACCUACUGUUACUGACUCUAUAAAAUCACAUGAUAGUUUGCCGAAACCAUUGACCAAAGUUGAUAAAGCCGUGGAAGGAACACAGAAUGAUAUUGAAUUAAAAGGAAUUACAGAUCCGAAAGCUAUAACAUCUGAGGAAAUCGUAAGAAAGGCAGGUAAUUCCAUUAAAUCAGAAUUAAAAAUGAAGUCCACAGAGAGUAAUCUAAUGGAACAAGCCAAUCAAGUUAUGAAGGAGAUAGAAAACGAAACAAAAACCCAAACACCGGAAACCAAAACUGAAACAUCGGAAACUAAAGUUGAAACAUCGGGAUUAAAAACCGAAACAUCGGUAUCCAAACCCGAAACAUCGGAAUCAAAAACCGAAUCUUCGGCAUCCAAAACCGAAACAUCGCAAUCAAAAACAGAAAUAUCGGUAUCAAAAACCGAAACAUCGGUAUCUAAAACCGAAACAUUGGAAUCAAAAUCAAAAACACUUAUAGCAAACAAAAAAACAGUAGAUAUCCCAGAUAAUAAAUCCCGUGGUAAUAAUACUACUUCUAUCAAAACCGAAGCUAAAGUAACGCCAAAAGACAUUCCGAAUAAAAGUACUGUGAAUGAUGAUUUCAUUAAUAAAUAUGUGCAUAAGGGAUUAAGUAUGUGCAUAAAGCAAAAUGUUGAAAAACCAAAACUUAUAGAAUCUACUUUUAAUGCAUCGAGUAUAACAGCUUUGAAAAACAUAGCACCAACUAUAACAAAGGUGUCACCACCAUCUGUUAGUGAGUUGAGGAAAGAUGAUAAACCUGCUCUCCCCACUGAAAAUAAAGAUGUUAUAAAAGAAAUAUCAUCAGCUUUUGACAAUAAGCCCAAGUCUCCUGUUACUGCAAACUCGUUAAACAACAAUGCAGUUCCAUUUGGAAUGUGGACUGAAGUGAACAAGCAAGACUAUCUAAACAAAAUCAAGGAGACUAAAGUGACAUCCAACAAUACACAUCAAAUUAAACAGACAAACGAUUUAAAUAGACGCGACGUACUCAAGAAGAUAGACAGUCAAAGACAUCAGAUAAAUAUCCUAGCUGCGGCUAAAACGCAGGCUGCCAAGACCCAAGAGUUGAACAAACAAAAGAUUAAAAACGAAACAAUGGCAUUUGUCAAAAAAACCACUGUUACCACUCAAGAUCCUAAGCAGCCAGUCAAACCCGAACCUCCUAAAAAACAAGAACCAAUGAAAGUUACGCCAAAACAUUCAAUAGUGCCAAUAUCACAACCGCUCGUCAUACCUCCGCCGACUGAUGAAGAACUGGCCAAGAUCGAAGCUGCCAGCAAAGUGCCCUGCACUCAAACCCUCAUCGAUAAAACUAUUGAGGACUACCUCAUGGAUAGAAGACCUCCAGUUAAAUUUAACCUUGAAAGUGCUACAAGGCUUAAUGCUAUCAGAGAAAAGUCAAAUGAUAAAAUAACCAGUACAUACAGCACUUACCAAAAGUAUGUCGCAUCGAAGGAUAAAAGUGCUUCUAUUCUUAAUGAUAUUGAAAUGAAAAUGAAUGAGUUACAUGGGGUGCCAAUUGAUCGACCGGCGCAAGAGUCGCCACAGAAAUAUAAUGACGAAUUCAAAAGUUCACACAUUCGAACUGAGACACACUCGAAAGUGAUGCCCAUGCUACGAGUGAAUAAAAUUCCACCAUUGGUUCCUUUCGCAAAUAAAAAUCCCAUUAAAGGUAAUGAAUCUGAGGAACUCUCUGAAGAAGAAAUAAUAGAGCAUGUGCCAGUAACGGGAGACAUGGAUUUGGAAAAGAAGAGUAAUCUGCCUCGACCAUACAUGAAGGAAAAGACACCGGUCACUCAAACUGUCACUAGUGUUCAGCCACCGUUUAGUGCCAAAAAGGACAAUGUUAUAACUGAAAAUGAAUUCGACAAGUUUGCUCGACGCAACUCCAUCACUUAUGAAAACUGCAUGACUGUGAACUUUGACUCCAACCAGCAGCAUCAAGUAGUGCAGUCAGUGGUUGAAAAAGAUCUUGAUAAUAAACAUCCAAGGAGCUUGAUCCACGGCGAAGUGAAGCCGAAACUACAGACAGUAUCCAACGUUCAAGCCGCCAAACUACAAGCGAGCCAGUCGCGAUACGCACCGCCCCAUGCAGACGACACCUACAAUAAAUCCAAGGUUCAAAUGGCUUACCACUCGGCCAUGACAGCCAAGCAUCACAAGGCAUCCACCAUAACGAUGCCGGAAGAUAAACCAGUUAAAGUAGUUUUCAUAGACUCGAGUACUGAAUUCGUGCCGAGUCAGUUGAAUGUUCAAGGGCGAGAUUUGUCUCCAGCUAAGAAGUACGCAGAAACGGAUUCUACGGCACUCAGCUCUUGUGACUCUUUAGAUUCAGAUGUGUUGGACUCUGUGGACGAAUCCAAAUUACAAGACAGUACGAGGAAGUCCAAACACCAAAGAAAACAGGUUCUGACUCCCGUCGACGCCCCGGACAUGGAGCUGAUAGAGCCACUAGACCUCGGGCUGGAAGCGUCUCCUAAAAAGCGACGCAGGGUGGAGGAUUACUACAGAAGCCACGAGGAGAAAAGUCCGAAAAGUUUCCCUAAAAAGAGCUAUCUACUCGGCCGUUCGAGUAUCCAACCGGAGACAUUGCCGGAGAAAGCUCCUGUUUCUAGGAGCGAGAGCCACGCGGUGUCAGCUAUUGACAGCCUGGUGAAGGCGGCCGAGCUACUGGAGACUCAGGCGGGGCGGAACAGUUCGAUGACGAAUACUAGUAGCGACUCGAGUGCGCAGACGCCGGCCAAGCGCGGGCGCGGGCGGCCCCGCAAGCACCCGCUGCCCUCCCCCCCGCCCCGCGCCGCCCCCGCCAGCCCACUGAAGAAACCACGCCUAGAGAGGGAGAGACCCAAGCGCAAGCCCGCCACCAGCUCCGACGACUCCACCGACGACGAAAUGGUGCGAGAGAACUGGACCAUGGGCAAGAUCAACGAGAACAUCGUGUGCCCCAUCUGCAGCAAGCUGUUCCGCUCGGAGAACGUGGUGUUCAAGCACGUGAAGCACUGCGCGGGCCCGUCCCCGAGCCGGUCCGCGUCCGACGGGCGCGGGACCAGCCAGUCCGACUCCGACAACGAGACGCUCGCCUCCAAGCAGAGCCACUCCUACAAGGAGCACAAGCCGGCCACGCCGCGUCCGGCCGAGUCGUCCGUCAUCGUCAUCGAGGACACGCCCGUCAAACCCAAAGCUUCCAGUGAGAAAGCACCGGCUAAACCACAGGAGAAACGAGCCAGCAAGCCGCAGAGCCAACACAACACCAACAACCUCACGUGCGAGACUUGCGGCAAGACGUUCCGCCAGCUCUCCUACUUGGUGAGCCACAAGAUGCAGCACAAGAACGACGAGCCGAAGAAGCCCGAGAAUCCGGUCGCUAACAAGACGUCGGUGUUCAGUUGCGACGUGUGCAAGAAAGAGUUCCGUAAGUUGCAUCACCUGGUGCAGCACCGCAUCAUCCACAACCCGCCGGCCUUCCCCCGGCGAGGCAGCUCGACGGAGCAGCCGGCCCCCGCCCGCCCCGCUGACCCCGCCCGCCCUACGCGGGACCCCGCCCGCCCCGCCGACGACCAGAGCGCCGCCUUCCGCUGCGAGCCCUGCGACAAGUCCUUCCGCAAACUACACCACCUGGUCGAACACCGCGAGACUCACGACGGCAAGAACAAGCAGAAGACUCCCCCCGCGGACAAGCCCGCCCCGCCCCCCCCGGAGACACUGCCGCCGCCGCCGCCGCAGUGCGAUGUCUGCAAGAAGACGUUCAGAAAGCUGCACCAUCUCAUCGAACACAAGGAGCAGCACCACGAGGCCGGCUCGGAGAAGUCGGACGAUAAAAGCGUGAAGAGCACUCUCUCUACUAAGGAUAUCAUUCACGAAUGCUCCCUCUGCUAUAUGGUGUUCCCUAAUGAGCAUUCGCUGAACAAACAUUCAGUCUUUUGCCAAAAGAAAAAGAAACCGGUUGCAACAAAACCAACUGAGCCAGAGCUUGAUGAUGCCACGAGCAGGGACAGUGCAGAGUCAGUAGAGAGCAUUCCAGAUGACGACGCUAAAGACGUGGCUAAAGUGGCGGAAGUAGAACCAGUCCACGUGGACACUAAAACUGUUGACAAGGCUCCUGAAUCUCAAUCCAUAGCGCCGAUCAAAACUACCGAAACCAAAAUAGAAGAAAAGCAGCCAGAAAUUAAAGAGACUCCCAAAGAAUCUGUUCCAGAAAAACCUAUAGUUGAAAAUAAAUUCACAAGGCCGGCUAUUCCUCCCGUUGCACCUCCUAAAGAGCCUGAGACGAAGAAAGUCAAAACAGAGCCAGCACUACCCCCUCCUGUCAGCUCCAUAAAACCUAAAAAGCCCGAAGUCAUUGAAACAAUAGUUAUAAAAGAUACCCCUAAGAAAAAGCUACCAUUAAAAGAUAGGACUGCUGCGACUGUGACUAAGAGGCAGAAAACGACGCAACUGCCCCUUCCCGUGAUCGAAGAGAACAAACAAUCGAGCGAUGACGAUGACGUGCGUUAUAUGCUCAACCCAGACUUCAAACAAGACGAGGAGGUGGAAGGAAAGACAUUCAUGAAAGUGAGGGCACUGAAGCGCAACUCUCUACAAAUAGAACGCCCGAAUUCCAAAGAUCUGAUCAAAAGGCGGACGUCCUUACAACACCCGCCGAAGGUUCCACGCUUGAGGGCUAAACUUGAAACGAAAGCCGGACAAUCCAUAAGCCAAUUAAUACCCAAAGCCGUACCCAAAACCCCUAAACCCGAAGUCAAAACUCCCAAACCCGAACCCAAAACCCCCAAACCCGAACCAGUGCCUUCCACAGACUCCGACGACAGCGACGUUAAAUAUUCGUUCCCUGUUGCGGAAAAGGCGCUGAAACCGGUCACUAAACAAGAAAAGAAACCGACCGCGGAAGUUGAGAAGAAAAUGCCCAAGAAGAGUCUGACCGAGAGGAGAAAGUCUCUCGUGGGCAUAGCCAAGCGGAAGUCCCUCGGGAAACCCGCCACGCCCCGGCACAAACUGAAUCCAGUUAAAGAAGUAGUUCGAAAACGCACAACGGAGCCGGUGGGCCACCGCUGCGACUGCGGGCAGCUGUUCAACAGCGCGGCGCUGCUGUCGCGGCACACCUCGCUGGCGCACACCCCUCCGCGCGUCCGCCGCCGCCGCUCGCCCCCACCCCCGGUCGACAAACAACCCCGCAAGGCCACCAAGACACCGCCACGGAAACCCAGCGUCAAAACAGACGACAAAACCACCACCAAACACCCCGAAACUCGAUUAAGCACCUCAGACAAAACCCCUAAAACUACUGGCAAGGACAAGCCCAAGACUGAAACCGCGACCAAGCCAAAGUCCUCGGUGAAAGCGAGGAAGAGCGCGGCCCACAGGGGGGUCCCCGUGCCAGAGAAAAUGAGGAAACUCAUGGAAAAGGAGAAGCUCAAGAAAUGAGCUGCGCGUGAGUAGUGGUACUGGACGGAGACUAGCUCCGGACUUGACCUAUGAUCUAUUGACAUAUUAGACUUAAUACUCUCCGUUUGUACUGCAAAACAGUCAUUGAAAAUCAUGCGGUAGGCAGGUACUGCCUAUUGUAUAUUCGGUGUCUCUUCUCUAAACUUACAAGAAGCUAACUGAUAUCCUUUAUAUCUAUGGCUAUGUAUUUGGCAUAGCCACGCAUUGGCUUUGUGAUACUGACUCAAGCCCAAACCAUUUACUCACUAACUGUUAUACCCUCAACUAUCUAGAUGAUGCUAGGUCUGUGUAGAUCGUUAGAUCGAAACAAAACAAAGUUCACACAAUAAUGCAACAUACGGACCAUUCUUGUAUCAUAGAGAAUAUUUUUACAAGAUAUUAAAAAAAACGUUAACACCAAAAUCAAUAUUUUUAUCUGAAAGAAACGUUAUAAUGUCUAUAUGUAAAUUUAUGAUAGAAGGAUAUUUUGUCAAUUUGUUUUUAAGAUAAAUGAUGUAAGGAUAAUAAUUUAUGUUAUAACUUAGUUAUAAGCAGAAAACUCGAUAUUUUUUCUUUACAAAAGUGCAAUUUAUCUUGGUUUGCUAUGUAACUAUAAGAUGCAUAGUUUUGGACUUUAAACUUUUGUUGGAUGACCAAUUUACAAAAUUAUUACAAAACUGACCUUUCAUGUUGGUUUGCUAUCUGUGUACCUAAGUAUAUUUUUUUUAAUUUCAUAACUUUAUGGUUAAACUACAUCUUUGAGGUACUUCCUGCCUUCUUCCAAAAACGAUACAUAAAAUGAUAUUCAAAAAAUGCAAAUAUAUUUCUUCUGUAAUCGAGAUGAUCCCUUGAACUACAGAAGGUGUUUUAGUAUGUGGCUUUUGCCAGUCUCUAACGUCGUCGUGUGGACCCAUAUUCGAAUCUUGUCUCAAUGUCCGUUAU